AUGGAGAUUUUUGGUGAGGCAGCACCAUACCUGCGCAAAUCAGAGAAGGAGAGAAUGGAAGCCCAGAACCAGCCGUUUGACUCCAAGACCUACUGCUUUGUGGCUGACCCUGAGGUGGAGUACACCAAAGGGAAGAUCAAGGCUGCACAGGAUGGGAAGAUAACUGUUGAGACGGAGGAUGGCAGAAUGAUUACUGUCAAACCUGAUGAUGUGUAUGCCAUGAACCCCCCUAAGUUUGACAGAAUUGAGGAUGUGGCCAUGUUGACUCACCUGCAUGAACCUGCUGUUCUCUACAACCUCAAGGACCGCUACAGCUCCUGGAUGAUCUAUACCUACUCGGGUCUCUUCUGUGUCACUGUCAACCCCUACAAGUGGCUGCCGGUGUACAACCCGGAGGUGGUGUUGGCCUACCGAGGCAAGAAGCGCCAGGAGGCCCCUCCACACAUCUUCUCCAUCUCUGACAACGCCUAUCAGUUCAUGCUGACUGAUGGUGAAAAUCAGUCUAUCCUGAUCACCGGAGAAUCCGGUGCAGGGAAGACAGUGAACACAAAGCGUGUCAUCCAGUACUUUGCAACAAUUGCAGCCAGUGGGGACCUAGCCAAGAAGGAGUCCUGGAUGAAGGGUAUGCUCAAGGAUCAAAUCGUCAGCACUAACCCGCUGCUGGAGGCCUUCGGGAAUGCCAAAACUGUGAGAAACGACAACUCCUCGCGCUUUGGUAAAUUCAUUCGGAUUCAUUUCAGUACCUCUGGAAAACUGGCCUCUGGUGACAUUGAGACCUACUUGCUGGAAAAGUCAAGAGUCACUUUCCAGCUGAAAGCUGAGAGAAGCUACCACAUCUUCUACCAGAUCCUCUCCAAUAAGAAGCCUGAACUGCUUGAGAUGCUCCUCGUCACACCCAACCCAUACGACUACCCCUUCAUCAGCCAAGGAGAGAUUUCUGUGGCCAGCAUUGAUGACCAGGAGGAGCUUGUUGCCACAGAUGCAGCCAUUGACAUUCUGGGCUUCAGCCCCGAUGAGAAAAUGGGGAUUUACAAACUGACAGGGGCAAUCCUGCACUACGGGAACAUGAAGUUCAAGCAGAAACCAUGUGAGGAGCAGGCAGAGCCAGAUGGCACAGAAGAGGCUGACAAAGCAGCCUACCUGAUGGGCCUGAACUCAGCAGACUUGCUGAAAGCUUUGUGCUAUCCCCGGGUGAAAGUGGGAAAUGAAUAUGUCCUGAAGGGCCAAACAGUGGACCAGGUGCACCAGGCAGUGAGUGCCAUUUCCAAGUCAGUCUAUGAGAAGCUCUUCUUGUGGAUGGUGAUGUACAUCAACCAACAGCUGGAUACAAAGCUGCCCAGACAGCACUUUAUUGGAGUCUUAGACAUUGCUGGCUUUGAGAUCUUUGAGUUUAACAGCCUGGAGCAGCUGUGCAUCAACUUCACCAAUGAGAAACUGCAACAGUUCUUCAACCACCACAUGUUCGUGCUGGAGCAGGAGGAGUACAAGAAGGAAGGAAUUGAAUGGACAUUCAUUGACUUUGGGAUGGACCUGGCUGCCUGCAUUGAGCUUAUAGAAAAGCCCAUGGGCAUCUUCUCCAUCCUGGAAGAGGAGUGCAUGUUCCCCAAGGCAACUGACACCUCUUUCAAGAACAAGCUCUAUGACCAGCAUCUGGGCAAGUCCAACAACUUCCAGAAGCCCAAACCUGCCAAAGGCAAGGCUGAGGCCCACUUCUCCCUGGUGCACUAUGCUGGCACGGUGGACUACAACAUCUCUGGCUGGCUGGAGAAGAACAAAGACCCCCUGAAUGAAACUGUUGUGGGGCUGUACCAGAAAUCAUCUAUGAAAAUUUUAUGCAAUCUUUAUGCCACUUUUGCUUCCAUAGAUGAAGGUAAGAUUAAGGAUUAUAAAGGAACCAAGAAAAAGGGCUCUUCCUUCCAAGCUGUCUCUGUCCUCUUUCGGGAAAAUCUAAAUAAGCUGAUGUCCAACUUGCGAACAACUCAUCCUCAUUUUGUGCGUUGUAUCAUUCCCAAUGAAACAAGGACUCCAGGCCUGAUGGAUCACAAGCUUGUUCUGCACCAGCUGAGAUGUAACGGUGUUCUGGAAGGCAUUCGAAUCUGCAGGAAGGGAUUUCCAAACAAGAUACUAUAUGGGGAUUUUAAACAGAGAUACCUCAUUCUGAAUGCUGGUGUCAUUCCAAGAGGACAGUUUAUUGAUAGCAAGAAGGCGUGUGAAAAGUUACUGUCUUCCAUUGAGAUAGAUCAUACACAGUACAAAUUUGGACGCACGAAGGUGUUCUUCAAGGCAGGUUUACUAGGUGUCCUGGAAGAGAUGCGAGAUGAUUGCUUAGGACAGCUGAUCACUCGGACACAGGCUUUAUGCAGGGGAUACCUCAGGAGACUUGAAUUGAAAAGAAUGUUGGACCGAAGGGAUUCCAUCUUCUGCAUCCAGUACAACAUCCGUGCAUUCAUGAAUGUCAAGCACUGGCCCUGGAUGAAGUUGUAUUUCAAGAUAAAACCCCUCUUAAAAAGUGUGGAAAUUGAGAAAGAAAUGACCACAAUGAAGGAAGAGUUUGAGAGAAUGAAAGAGGAACUGGCUAAAUCAGAAACCAAGAAGAAAGAACUGGAAGAUAAAAUGGUGACUCUGGUGCAACAGAAAAAGGACCUGCAGCUGCAAUUUCAGACUGAAAAUGAAAAUUUGGCUGAUGCUGAAGAAAGGUGUGACCAGCUGAUCAAAGCAAAAUUACAACUGGAAGCAAGAAUAAAGGAGGUAAUGGAAAAAUUGCAGGAUGAGGAGGAGAUAAAUGCUGAUCUGGCAGCCAGAAAGAGGAAGCUGGAGGAUGAAUGCUCUGAGCUGAAGAAGGAUAUUGAUGGCCUUGAGUUGGCAUUGGCCAAGGCUGAAAAGGAAAAGCAUGCCACAGAAAACAAGGUUAAAAAUCUAACGGAAGAAAUGACAGGUUUGGAUGAGACUACUGUGAAGUUAGUCAAAGAGAAGAAGGCCCUUCAAGAAGCCCACCAGCAGGCACUAGAUGACCUGCAAAUUGAGGAGGACAAAGUUAAUACCCUCACCAAAGCCAGGGUCAAGCUGGAGCAACAAGUGAACCAUGUUGAAGGAUCUUUAGAACAGGAAAGAAAAGUUUGUAUGGAUCUUGAACAAGUAAAGAGAAAGCUUGAGGGAGACUUGAAACUUGCCCAGGAAACCAUAGUGGAUCUGGAGAAUGAUAAACAACAUUUAGAUGAAAAAUUAAGGAAGAAAGACUUUAAAUUUAACCAGAUGCAAAAUAAAAUUGAGGAACAGCAGAAUUCAAGUGUUCAGUUCCAGAAGAAGAUCAGAGAAUUGCAGGCCCAUGUUGCCGAGCUUGAAGAGGAGGCCAUGGGUGAGAAAGAAAUGAGGACAAAAGCAGAGAAGCAUUGUGAUGAGCUGGCUAAGGAACUUGAGGAAAUCUGUGAAAGAACUGAAGAGGCUGGAGGAGUCACCACCACUCAAACCGAACUUAACAAGAAGCGUGAGGCAGAAUUUCAGAAGAUGCGUCGUGACCUCGAAGAGGCCACGCUGCAGCAUGAAGCCACGGCUGCCGCCCUGCGGAAGAAACACGCGGACAGCACAGCUGAGCUUGGGGAGCAGAUCGACAACCUGAAACGAGUGAAGCAGAAGCUGGAGAAGGAGAAGAGUGAGCUGAAGAUGGAGAUUGAUGACUUGGCCAGGAGUACAGAGACCAUUACUAAGUCCAAGGUUAAUCUGGAAAAGAAGUACCGCACCCUGGAAGACCACAUGAGUGAUAUAAAAGCCAAACUUGAGGAAAACCAGAGAAAUAUGAAUGAGAUGGUGAUACAAAAAGCCCAGCUCGAGGCAGAGUCCGGUGAACUAAGCCGUCAGCUUGAAGAGAAAGAAAUCAUAACAUUGGAGCUGUCCAGAGGCAAGCAAGCAGUUGCGCAGCAAGUAGAAGAACUUAAAAGGCAGCUAGAGGAAGAGCUGAAGGCCAAGAACGCCCUGGCCCACGCCUUGCAGUCUGCUCGCCACGACUGUGACUUGCUCCGGGAACAAUACGAGGAGGAGCAGGAAGCCAAGGGGGAGCUGCAGCGUGCCCUGUCCAAGGCCAACAGCGAAGUGGCCCAGUGGAGAACCAAAUAUGAGACGGAUGCUAUUCAGCGCACGGAGGAGCUGGAGGAGGCCAAGAAAAAGCUCUCUCAGCAUCUCCAGGAAGCAGGGCAGCAGGUGCAGACUGUGAAUUCAAAGUGUGCUUCCUUGGAGAAGAUGAAGUUGAAGUUGCAGGGGGAGGUGGAGGAUCUGACAGUGGACAUAGAGAGAGCAAACACAUUGACAGCUGGUCUUGACAAGAAACAGCAGAACUUUGAUAAGGUCAUGGCAGAAUGGAAGGGAAAAUAUGAGGAGAGCCAGCUGAAGCGGGAAGCCCUCUCUAAAGAAUCAUGCUCGCUGAACACAGAGCUUUUCAAAGUGAAAAAUGCCUAUGAGGAAACCUUAGAUCAGCUUGAAACAAUCAAACGGGAAAACAAAGGUCUCAAGCAGGAAAUAGCUGAUCUGACUGAACAAAUUACUGAAAAUGGCAAAAUGAUCAGAGACCUUGAGAAAGCCAAAAAGCGAGCUGAAGUAGGAAAAUCUGAGCUGCGGUUAGCUCUGGAAGAGGCAGAGGCAGCUCUUGAGCAUGAAGAAGUCAAAAUCUUUGGUGUCAACCAAGAACUGACACAGAUUAAAUCAGAAAUCAACAGAAAGAUUGCUGAGAAAGAUGAGGAGAUCAGCCAGUUCAAAAAGAACCAUCAAAGGAUUGUGGAGACAAUGCAGGGUGUUUUGGAUGCUGAGAUCGGGAGCAGAAGUGAAUCCUUAAGGCUGAAGAAGAAGAUGGAGGGAGAUCUGAAUGAAAUGGAGAUCCAGCUGAACCAUGCCAACCACAUGGCUGUUGAGGCACAGAAACGCCUGCACAGCAUCCAGGGAGUUCUCAAGGACACACAGCUGCACUUGGAUGAUGCUGUCAGGACACAGGAGGACCUGAAGGAGCAGGUGGCCAUGGUGGAGCGCAGAGCUAACCUGCUGCAGGCUGAAGUUGAGGAGCUACGGGCAGCCCUGGAGCAGACGGAGCGGUCGAGGAAAGUGGCUGAGCAGGAGCUUCUGGAUGCCACUGAACGUGUGCAGCUCCUUCAUACCCAGAACACCAGCCUUUUUAAUACAAAGAAGAAGCUUGAGACUGAUAUGGCACAAAUCCGAACUGAGUUGGAAGAUAUUACUAAUGAAGCAAAAAAUGCUGAAGAAAGAGCAAAGAAGGCAAACACAGAUGUGGCCAUGAUGGCAGAAGAGCUGAAGAAGGAGCAGGACACCAGCACCCACCUGGAGAGGAAGAAGAAGAACCUGGACCAGACGGUGAAGGACCUGCAGCACCGUCUGGAUGAGGCUGAGCAGCUGGCACUGAAGGGAGGCAAGAAACAACUCUUGAAGAUGGAGGCCAGGAUCCGAGAGUUAGAAGCUGAGCUGGAAGAAGAACAUAAACGAUCUGCAGAAGCUAUGAAAAACAUCCGCAAAUAUGAAAGGCGUGUCAAAGAGCUUACUUUCCAGAAUGAAGAACACAGGAAGAACAUGAUGAAGUUACAAGAUCUGGUAGAUAAACUGCAGAUGAAAAUCAAAUCCUACAAAAGACAAGCUGAGGAAGCUGAUGAACAAGCCAAUACUAAUCUCUCCAAAUUCAGAAAAGCACAGCAUAAGCUAGAAGAGGCUGAGGAAAGGGCAGGUAUUGCUGAAAGUCAAGUAAACAAGCUCAGAGCUAAAACCCGAGAAGUCCUUUCUACGAAG